ACCGGGGAGUAAACAUGGCGUCCGCCUUAGACGAUGAUGAGAUCUCCAGUGAUGAUUACUAUUCCCUCCUAAACGUCCGGCGAGAGGCAACGCAGGACCAACUGAAGGCGGCAUACAGACGAUUAUGCAUGUUAUACCAUCCAGACAAACAUCGAGAUCCAGAACUAAAGCGACAAGCAGAGCAGCUUUUUAACCUCGUACAUGAAGCUUAUGAAGUGCUGUGUGAUCCACAGGCACGAGCAAUCUAUGAUAUCUAUGGCAAGCGUGGACUUGAUGUUGACGGAUGGGAGGUGGUGGAGAGGAAAAGAACUCCAGCAGAGAUUCGAGAGGAGUACGAGCGUCUUCAGAAGGAGCGAGAGGAGAGGAGACUGCAGCAAAGGACCAACCCAAAGGGAACAAUUAGUGUGGGUGUUGAUGCCACGGACCUCUUUGAUCAUUAUGAAGAGGAAUAUGAGGACAUGGUCGGAGGUGGCGUCCCGCAUGUGGAAAUCAACAAGAUGCAUAUAUCACAAUCCAUAGAGGCCCCUCUUACCACAAAUGACACAGCCAUCUUGUCUGGUUCUCUGUCCACACACAAUGGAAAUGGAGGUGGGACUAUUAACUUGGCCCUGAGGAGAGUCACCUCAGCUCAGGGUUGGGGAGAGAUAGAGUUUGGCGCUGGGGACACACACGGACCUCUCUUUGGAAUGAAGAUAUUCCGAAAUCUGACGCCACGCUUCUUUGUGACAGCGCAGUGCGGACUCCAGUUUUCGUCUCGAGGCGUGCGUCCUGGGAUCACCACGGUGCUGGCCCGUCACCUCGACAAGAACACAAUGGGUUACCUGCAGUGGCGUUGGGGGAUCCACUCCUCCAUGAACACUAGCAUAGUCAGGGACACCAAGAGCAGCCAUUUUACCGUCGCAGUGCAGCUCGGCAUUCCACACACUUUUAUAAUGAUGAGUUUCCAGUACAAGUUCCAGGAUGAAGACCAGACGAAGAUUAAGGGCUCAAUAAAGUCUGGUUUCUUUGGGACCGUGCUGGAGUACGGUGCGGAGAGGAAAAUCAGUCGACACAGCAUUUUGGGGGCCACAGUUAGCGUCGGGGUGCCCCAAGGUGUCUCGCUCAAGGUCAAACUAAACAGAGCCAGCCAGACAUAUUUCUUCCCUAUUCACCUGACUGACCAACUCCUGCCAAGUGCUGUAUUUUACGCCACAGUUGGACCGCUGGUUGUCUACCUCGCCAUGCAGCAGCUCGUUAUUCGGCCCUAUGUGCGGGCCCAGAAGGAACAAGACUUGGAGAAACAGCGCGAGAGCUCAGCCUCGAACAUAGCCAAGAAGAAGCAGGAGGCAGAGGCCGCGGUCUUGCUCAUGCAGGAGUCAGUGCGGAGGAUUAUUGAAGCCGAGGAGUCUCGAAUGGGUCUCAUCAUCCUCAACGCCUGGUACGGCAAGUUUGUGACAGACAACAGCCGAAAACACGAGAGGGCAAAGGUGAUUGAUGUGAGCGUGCCGCUCCAGUGUCUGGUGAAAGACUCCAAACUCAUCCUCACUGAGGCCGCAAAGUCAGGCCUCCCUGGUUUUUAUGACCCCUGUGUGGGGGAGGAGAAGAGCCUAAAGGUGCUGUAUCAGUUCCGUGGCGUCAUGCAUCAAGUCCUGUCAGGAGACUCUGAACCACUCAGGAUACCAAAGCAAUCUCACAGGAUUGACUCAGACACAUAGGAGUUCCUGUGCUGACCAAAAACAGACAUCACUCAGCUGUUAGACAGAGAAACCGUAUUCAUCUUUGUUUUAGAUACGACAGGGAACAAAGUCUUUGUCACCCAAAUAGUGUUGCAUUUAUCGUUGAUCUUUAUAUUGAUCACUAAAAGAUGCAGAAUGGGGAAAUAAAGCAUCACAAACUGUAUCCGUGGACAGAGGUCGGGUCUGCUUGAAAUGUGACACUGAAAUCAAUGACUACCAUCUUCUUAAGACCUCAUCGGUGUACAUUUACUUUUGUUAAGGCGUGUCUUUUAUGAUCAUCUUUUUUGAUCUACUUGUUUGACAUUGCAGUGCCUAUGUGAUUUAAAAACAAUUACACCUGUUUGUUUGCAAUAAUAUUAAAAAUCUAUCUAUGUCA